AUGUUCUCGACAUUAGUGCGGCGGUCUGCUCAGCAGAAGAUUCCCUUCGAUAUCUACUCGAAUCCAUAUAAAGCCCAACGAUUAUGGCCUCCAGACUUCACGAAGAUAUCCCGAAAGCAACAAUUCAGACUUGAGAGGAAAUACAAGAGGAGAGCGAAGCUAAAGUGGGCAAGACCGCGAUGGACAAAGUUUGUCAAGACGAUGCAAUUGGGGUCUAUUCUUUUCAUUACGGUGUAUGGCGUGUUAUUCUUGGACUGGAGCAAACAAGGAAAUCCGGAGCAUAAGCCAUUUGAAGGGGUGCGUUGGUGGAAUGAAUACGUUCGGGAUAUUCACUGA